UUUUUUUUUGUUUUUGCUUUUGUUUUUUUUACCCCUCCUCAAUAAACUGAAACAAUUGGCUCUACUAGACAUGCGCAAUAAAACAUUGUUCUCUUCAUUCAUCAGUGCAUUCAUAGCUUUGGAUUCUCCCUUUACAACCUUUUUUUUUUCGUGUCCUAGCCAAUUACAUGUCGUUUUUUUAAUAGCUAGUGCAACGCUUCCUACUAAAACCAAUCAGAUUGGAUUCCUCAACAGAUGAGGAGAUCAUUGGCUAUGUAUGCAGUGUUAGUAGAUGUGUUAAAGAGAAUCCAAGUGAUCAAUCUGUAGACAUUUAUUCCUCUAUUUAUAUCUUAAGAAUAGCCUGGCAUACAACAACCACCUCUUUCAAAGUAUGAGUGCUCCCCAUCAGUAUCUUCUGAUGAUGGCGCAAAAUAAAGCCAUUCCCUUCCUCUUAUCAUCUAUCAUCCUCUUAUUGGUUAGUAAUUUUCUUACUGUCCAAACUCUAGCCCAACUCUUGCCUAUUGUUAACCCAAACAAUGAAGCUAAUACCCACGAAAUCCAAACCUACAUUGUCCAAGUAGAUGGGAUCGACGAUGCUGGACUCCUCAGCUAUGAAGAUCGUGAAAGUUGGUACAUGUCCUUCCUUCCAAAUACCACCCUCGACUCUGGAGAGCCGAGGCUUCUCUACUCCUACCGUCAUGUACUCAACGGGUUCGCCGCUAGGCUAACUAACGAGGAGUUGAAGGCUAUGGAAUCCAAUGGAUGCGGUUUUGUAAUCUGCUGGAACCUGACCUGGUUUCAUCCACUUGGCACAACCUACACUCCACAAUUCUUGGAGUUGAAUCAAUAUGGGAAAAGCAUAUGGGCUAAGUCCAAAGGUGGCGAGGGAGUUGUUAUCGGUGUUUUAGAUACUGGUAUUGUGCCGAAUCAUCCCUCCUUUAAUGACACAGAUAUGCCGGACCCUCCAAAAAAAUGGCGUGGGUGUUGUCAAUUUCAAAACCCAUUUUGCAACAGAUUCCAACCAGCCUUUUGCAACAAAAAACUCAUCGGUGCUAGGCUAUCCGGUUUUCUCGGGGAUCCAUUGGACGACGAGGGCCACGGGACCCACUGUGCUGGCAUUGCGACAGGAGUUGAGGUUUUCGAUGCUAACGUCCUUGGCCAAGGUAGGGGGACCGCGGUUGGCAUGGCACCUAAAGCUCACUUAGCGUCUUACAAGACAUGUGUAAGAGGCGGGUGUAAUGACUGGCGGGUGCUGGCCGGUGUUGAUGAGGCCAUUGAAGAUGGAGUAGAUGUGCUAUCAAUGUCCAUCGUUGGCGGUUUUGUGCAAUUCUAUGAGGACGGUGUCAUGAGGGGCUCCUUUGUCGCAAUGGAGAAAGGCAUCUUAACUAGUGCUUGUGCCGGGAAUGAGGGGAGAAUACCGUUCUCCAUAUCCAACGAUGCACCGUGGGUUAUGACGGUUGGAGCCAGCACCACUGAUCGAGUGAUGAGGGUGCUUGUGGAGCUUGGUAACGGGAUGAAGUUGUAUGGGGAGUCUGCUUACCAACCGGAAGACUAUAAGUCACCAUGGCUACCUAUAGCCUACCCGGGUAUUAAAGAUACCGAUGCGAAAUUGUCAUGCAUGAAUGGGUCCUUGGAUGAUGAGAAUGUGAAAGGAAUGAUGGUAUUGUGCGGGGAAAUGAACAGCUUGAGAUUGGACAAGGGCAGGACUGUUAAAGAAGCCCAAGGGGAUGCCCUAAUAGUCUUGAACCAAAAGUGGAAUGGGUUUACAACAUGGGCUGAAGCCCACGUCCUUCCCGCCGCUCAUUUAAGCCACGUCGACUCUCUGAAAAUCGUCAAUUAUGCUAAAACCGAAAAAAGUCCUAAAGCAAGGUUAUUUUUCAAAGGUAUGCAAUUUCACAAGCGACGAGCACCUGCAGUCAUUGACAUUUCUUCUAGAGGGCCAAGCACGAUAAAUGGUGGAAUCCUAAAGCCUGAUAUCAUCGGCCCUGGUUCAGACAUUCUAUCAGCUUGGGCAUUUGACGUCGGGCCUGACUCUUCUGCCCGUUCGGACUCCGCAUUCAAUAUUGAAAGCGGUUGUUCAAUGGCAACACCUCAUCUUGCUGGAAUUGCAGCACUGAUCAAAAGCAUCCAUAACGAUUGGUCGCCAGCUGCUAUUAAAUCGGCAAUCAUGACUACUGCUGACAUACUAGACCAUGAUGGAUUACCUAUUGUUGACGAGAAAUCCAACUCCCUGGAAACAGCCACUUACUUUGCGAUGGGUGCAGGUCAUGUGAAUCCCUCUAGAGCGAUGGACCCGGGACUUGUCUACGAUGUCGAUCCUGAGGAUUACGUUCGCUACCUGUGCGGCUUGUACAGCGAUGCUAAUAAUAUCAAAAAAAUCAUCAAACGCGAUCCAAAAUGUUAUAAACUUCAGCACAUAACUCCGGAAGAAUUGAAUUAUCCGUCGGUCAUGGUAUCUUUAUCUUCGUCGUCUGCCAAGACGAUAAGUCGAACCGUGACGUUUGUGGAGGAGAAGGGCCCAGCGGUUUAUAAGCUAAAAGAUAGCAGUGACCCUGAAGGAACAGUCAUGGAAAUUGAGCCGAAGGAACUUCAUUUUUCAUCUCCAAAAGAAUCUAAAACUUUUACUGUGAAGUUUAGCAAGAAAGGAAGCUCCCCGAGUGAACAAUACACGCAGGGACAGUUCUCAUGGGUUUCCGGCGAGCACAUUGUCAGGAGUCCGGUUGUUGUUAAACACUCGAAUUAGUUAUCGCUUGCUUGCUUGUUUGUCCUUGAGAAGAGUUUGAUACUCUACUGCAUACUCUUUCGUUAAUGUAUGAAUAAGGCUUUGAAUAUUACUGUGGCUAUUUUGUAACACAUGACUUAUUUUCCUCUUUGGUUGACACUCUA